CGGGACGCGAUGCUGCGUUUACGCCAAACCGUGGGCUGCGCGAGUGGCCACGGUUGCCGCAGCCAGCCGCGUCUGCCCGUCGUCCAUGCCGCCUGCCGCCUCGACGCCGGCGACGGCCACGGCCGUGUACGUGGCGGCGGUGCCGCUGCGGGCGCCCAAGGGCCCCGGCCAGCUGCUGAUGUCGGCGGGCUACUCGCUGGGCCUGUGGGACCUGCAGCACUUCAUGGUGGUCCUCCGGCCCGACCCGGCCCGGACGCAGGCGCUGGUCUUCGAUUUCCAGCCACGGGACCCAGAGGGCGUCGGCGCCGCGCUGGCGGUGCUGUCGCGGAGCGAGAUACCCGGCGUGGUUCGGAGAAGAACGCUGCGGAGGGUCCCGGACCGGCGGUGCUGGCUCGUCGGGCACUGCUGCGACGAGGACGCCGUGGGCGCCGCCGACAGGUUCAGCGAGCGGUGGCCGACCGGCCUGGUCGUCGGGGAGCACGACUGCCGGGACUACACCAACGGGCUGGUCGAGGCCCUGACAGGUGAAAAACGUGUCCUGGAGACGCUCAGAUCGGGCGGCAGCACCAGCAUCAGCGAGGCGGCGCCGCCGUGGUUACAUGGUGAAGUAUCUACCGUCAUUCUGCGGCUUCGAACUGGAGAGUCGAAGCUGCACGUGGCAAUGGCCUAUCAGAUAAACGAGGACACUUUACUAAAGAUCCGAGGCAAAGAUGAAGUAGCAAUGCUGAUCCAUGAAAUCAUGUGAAGUUCACUGAACUAGAAGGAGGUGUCAGUUUGAGCUGUUGUCAGUAUCUUUUUCGCUAUAAACUAUAUGAAGAAUGAUACAGUACAAACUGUACAUCGCAAGUAUACCACCUGAACUGAACAAUGGUCGCCCUGUCCAUUGCUUGAGAAAAACAGAAGUCCAAUUUUCCUGAACUUGAGAGGCAAAACAGGGCCAUCCUCCUCCAUUACAAGCGACAAAAUGUAUGCACCA